AUGUAAGAAAUAAUAAUUACAACACUGUUGAAAUUUAAUGAGAUUUUAGAUGCUUUCUAAUAAGUAUUUAAGAUUCAUAAUUACAAUUGUAAUCAGUAAAGAGAGAUUCUAGAAAAAUGUUUAGAGAAAGAAUAUAUAAGCAGUUGCAUCUAUAUCACUGUUAAUAGUAAUAAUAAAUUCUUUCCAAAUUAUAAGGAUUUAGAAGAAUUUGAUCUUAAAUAUUCUAGGGAUAAGUAAUAGCAAGAGAAUAAUCUGAUAGGUUUUAAAAAUAUAUUUGUCUUUAGAAUUAAUUGAAAAUAACGUUCAAUAUGAAACAAAAGAAGUUAAAAAACAAAUAGAUUAACUUAUUUACACUUAAAGUGAAAAGCUUAAUGAUUUUAAAUCCUAUGUAUCUGAUAUAUAUUUAACCAAAACUGAUAUCCGUUAAUUUAAAUCUAAUUCUGAAGAGAUGAUUAAUAAAUUGCAAGAUUAAAUUUAAUAAUUCCAAACUAAAUAUGCCCUAAAACUUUACACAGAAUAACAUAUUGUAUUCAAUUCAUAUUAAUCUUUAGAUUGACAUUAAAUAAGCUAUUUCAUAAUUGUAAUAAGCUAACACUUUAAUUAAAUAAGAUUCUUAAACUUUACAUAAACUUAAUAGAGAUAAUAGAUAAAUGAUUAAAUAAUAAAAUGAAUAGUUAACAUCAAAAAUUGAAACUGUUGAAAAAGAUUAAUAUAAAAUUUAUGAAUUUGAGAAAGAAGUUGAAAAAAUGAAGAAUAUAAUUUAAGAAUAAAAAUAAGGUAAAAUAAUAAAUAAUUAUUUUUUAGAUAAUGAAAUUAUUCAAAAUAAAGUAAAAUCAUUAGCUUAAUUAUUUUAAGAAUUGGAAGUUAAUAAUUCUAAGGUUGUUAGAUUUGAAAUACAUACAGCAUUUAAAAAGAUUGAUGAAGAAUUUGUUUAUUUUAAAAAUAGACAAUAAAGCUUUCAGGAUUAAUUAUAAGUGAUAAAGGAGCAAUUUACAAAAUCUGAAAUAAGCUAAACUUAAUUUUAAAAUUUUGUAAAUGAAUAAUUUGAUGUAAUAUCUGAUGAAUUAGUUAAAAAGAAAUAAAUUAUUAAAUCAAUGCUUAAAAAUAUUGCACUCCUUUAGCAAUAGUAAAUAUAUAAUCAAAUAAAUAAGGGAAAAAAAUUAAAUUUAAUCUGAUAUACCAAAUAAGGUGGCUAUUUUAUUAUCAAAAGUUUCAUCUCUUGAAAAAACAUCCAAAAUAAGUUUUGAUCAAUUAAAAAGAAUCAUUGAUGUAAUUUAAGAAUUCUGUGAAACUUCUUAAAUUCCGUCUGACAAUAAAGAAAAAGAUCUUACAAAUUUAAUACUACUUUUAGAUAGAAGAAUAUUAGAAUAUGGAAAAUCAAUUUAAGAUCAACAAAUUCAAUCAGUUUAAAACAAUACAGUUAAAAUUAAUACUCCUAGAAUUUCAACAUCAGUAGAUUCACCAUUCAAAUUAGGUAAUUAAAAAUAGAAAAAAACUAAAUUUAGUAAAUUGUUAAAUAAGACAGUAUAUUAUGAUAGUAGAAGAGAUACAAUAAUUUGA